GACACGGAGUUUAAUUGAGCGGCUGUUUUUUACCUUUUCGAUUGUUCGUAUCGAAGAACUGCCAAAGAACAAAUAAUUUUGUGUUUUUAACUGAAUUUUUGUCAAAUUUUAUCGCUCCCAUUAGCAAAAUGACAGCCCAAGAACAGAUGAGGAAAAUCUUGGAUGAGCUGAUGGGAACUAGCCGCGAUGAAAUACAGAAAUGUCCACUUGAUUGUAAAACUAUGUUGUAUUUCUCAUUGACGCUACAGGACGCGUAAGUAGGUGUAUGUAAGUAGCAUUUAUCAUUAUAUGUUAUCACCGACGUUUGUUUGUUAUCAUAUUGCAUUUUCUACAUACGGCUUUGAAAAAAUACACUGUAGUACAACAACUGGUUAAGGUGUUUAACAUAUGUUGAAGAAGACGUGUAGUUCUAUAAAAGUUCUAUGGGUGAGUUUCUUAUUUGCAGAAAUGAUGUUAAUGAUGCUCAGAGAUUGCAACAACUACUUAUUCUUGAGCUAUCACUUUCAUGAUCUGAACAUGCUCUUAUGUGCAGUCACGUAUUUACCUUUAAAGUGGUUCAUUGUCUUCUUACGUUUGUUGGUUUUCCAAUUAGGUGAGCCUCCCGCAGAUGACAUCAAAUUUUCAGAUGAAAAAGUUUGUAAGAGUUUCAUCAUGGGUCUUUGUCCUCAUGCUUUGUUUAACAAUACAAAAAUGGAUAUUGGUGAUUGUAAGAAGGUCCAUUCAGCUGCCCUGAAAGCUGAUUAUGAAGCAGCAUCAAAAACAAGAAAUUACGGUUAUGAACUUGAUCAAAUGGAGCAUCUUCAGGCAUUUAUAAAAGAAUGCGACAGAAAGAUUGUUCAUGCCAAGAAACGUCUGUCUGAGACACAAGAUGAUUUUGGCAACACACCUGAGGCGCAGGCUGUACAUGCUUUAGGAGAAAAAAUUGGGAAAAAAUUGGCUGAAGCAGAAGCUUUAGGUGCUGAAGGAAAUGUUGACGAAUCUUUGAAAGCUAUGAACGAAGUUGAUGAACUUAAGGAACAAAAAAGGAUCGCCGAGGAUGUGUAUCGAAACACACUGCCAUCCUCCUCUCUUCAACAACAAAAACUCAGAGUCUGUGAAGUUUGUGCGGCAUAUCUUAGUCUCUAUGACAACGAUCGUAGAUUAGCAGAUCAUUUUGGCGGGAAACUUCAUAUGGGUUUCAUAAAGAUUCGCGAAAGAAUUAAAGAACUCGAGGAUGCUGUUGCUAGGAAACGUGAAGAGAGAGAGCUGGAACGAGCAAAAAGAAGAGAUGAACGAAAUAAAGAAGACAAACGACAAAAAGAACGAAAUGGCGAAAGAGAUUACCGACGCGAUCGCGAAAGAUACCGAGAUAGUGACGAUCGUAAAGACCGUGAUCGCUCAAGGAGGGAUCGCAGGCGCAGUCGUAGUCGUGACCGCAGGCGUAGUCGUAGUCGUGACCGCAGGCGCAGUCAUAGUCGUGAUCGCAGGCGUAGUUCUAGUCGUGAUCGCGGGCGCAGCCGUAGUAGAGAACGCCGUCGCUAGCAAUUUACUUGUGUAAAUGAAGACUGUCAUAUUGUUGAUUUACAGUAAAACUUUAAUAGAAACACGAAUGUUGUAUGUAUGUUUAAAUUGCUUUUGCACACGAGAUAUUUACAAAAAAUACAAUUGUA